AGCAGGCGAGACGCGGGAGCUAGAGAGCCCGUACCAGCUGCGCCGCACGGCCGGAAGUGCCUGAUUUGGGACGGAGCUGGAGCGACCAACUUCCGGUCCAGGUCUCCUACCUCGAGCUGGUUCGCAGACCUUGUCGCAGCCGAGCCCAGCUGAUCAGUAUGAUCACGGACGUGCAACUCGCCAUCUUCGCCAACAUGUUGGGCGUGUCGCUCUUCCUGCUUGUCGUUCUCUAUCACUACGUGGCCGUCAACAACCCCAAGAAGCAGGAAUGAAAGUGGCGCUUUCUCCGCCCCAGGGUUCCAGGACAUAGUCUGAGGCAAGAUGGAGGGUGAGGGGCCUUCACACUUCACUUCAUCCCUUCUAACCAUCACAGCAUACAAAGCAACUACACCUGGAUUUUUCCAAACAACUUUUAUUUCCUCAAAGUCUUCCUUAACCCUAUGGAACAAGAAGCUGCCACUGAGUAGGGCCCAGUAUAGGGGCUGCUUUCUUUUCUACUCCCUCCCCCCAAUAUAAAAAUAUAGAUUUUUGUGUGUGUGUGUGGUCCCAAAAUCUUGUGCUGUGGAGGGAGGGAAGGGGUGGCAGGUCCCUGCUUUGUCUUGUUUCAAGGUGAUGCAGUGCCUCAGAACAGUGAGGCUGGCAUUCCGAGGAGUUAUAAUUGUCACAUGGAAUCAGCAGCUGAGAAAGGGGACUCGCAUAUGUCUAUGUUCCCUAUCUUGGGGGCUCUAUCCUGGGCGUGAACGUCAAGACGUCAGACCCGGGGAGAAACAGUGAGUGGGGGAGAUUUAGGAACAAAACAAACCUCAGUCUGGCCCAAGGGCCCCCCACUGUAACAAAUCCGGGACUGGGAGUCAGACAGACUACAGGAAAUAGGAGAAAAGGCAGGGGCAGAGCGGGGCCGUGGAGGCCCAGCCUGAGGCAGCCUGCAACAGAAAAAAGAGAGGAGUCAGGGUUGUGAAAACUCUGCUCUGCUCUGGUCUGUUAGCCAGGGGCUGGGGGACGAGAGAGGCCAGAUGCGGGCGGAUAGGCAGGUUGAGUACUGCACAGUGGUCUGAUACUGGAACCGACCAGCUCCUGGGCCUUAGGCCCUAACUAGAAAUUGUUCUUUUGUCUGUUGGAGUGAAGACUGUGGGCAUGAUGAGGAAAAAGUCAGGGACUAGAUUCUUAAUGAAAGUACAUUCAGUCUUUUGGGAGAGGGAAGGAAGAAAAUGACGGUGAAUGGCAGAAAUGGGAAUGAGGGGGGAGAAGUGAGAGGUGGGGUGAGGGACGGGACCCUGGGGCUCACCGUGGUGUCGAGUGGGGUCCCGGCUCCGGCUCACUGCUCUCCCUGGUCCGGGGGAUAGGGGAUGUGGGGCCCGAAGAGCCUCUCAUCCCUCUGCGAGUCGGCGGUGAGCCCCGGCCCAACCUGGGCCUAGCCUGUGUGGACAGGGGGUGGGCUAAGAGGCUGGAGUCUUCCAUGGACUUUUUUGCUUCUAGGACUCCUUUCAGAGUUUCCACAUGUAUGAGUGUAGUAUAGGGGUCGACACAGGUACUAGGACCUUGAAUUCCUGGGCACUGGCCCUAAGGGAGAGGGCAGGGGGGAUCAUACCUAGGAGACACUUGGGCUCAGUCUAUGACUAUAGUUAACUAGGGGAGGCAAAAGGUUCCAGCAUUCAACCUCCAUGGCUGUACCAUGGCCGAGGUCUGGCUGAGUAGAGAAGCAUGGUGUGGAAAGAUGGAGGAGUAGUAGGUCUCCCUCAGCCUUCUGUGCCUCAGCCCCUGCCAGAGCAGUGUAAGCUUCACCCAUCCAGUUGGCUUCUGCCUGUUCCCAACUUUAGUCAGCCUAGCGUGGGGUCUGGACUGUUCCUAGGAGCAGCAACCAGAUGUGUUACCUGGGGAAUCCGGGACCCCUCCUGGCGGGAACUCUCCUCGGGCAGGUCUGGGCAGAAAGAGAGGAGAAGCUAAGGGCAGGGGCAGGCAAAGCCAAAGCAAGGAAGCUGAGGUCAGGGUGUAUCUGGCAGGGAUACUGGGGUUGGAAGCAAGCAAGAGACCUGGCUGAAGGGGAUGGGGGCACUGGACAGACAGGCAGUCACGCAACAGAGCGGCUCCCUGCCGUGGAUGUGGGCAGAGCGUGUAAAGCAGUGCUGGGCAUCUUCCCUCCCGCUACCCAGUGAACAGCUCUGCCAGAGUUGUUAUGUUGGGGACUGAAGAAGACCCAAAAAUGUUACCUGCAGUCGGGUCCUGAUACAGGGGAUCCGAGGUCCAGGCCCUAGCAGACCUUUCCCAAUCACCAUGACAGCCUCUGGCUUGUCCCCUGAGGACAGGAAUGGACAGCUGCUCCCUAGGGAACAAAGGAAACUGAUAAUCAGGAUGGGACCAUGGAGAAGAGGUAACUUCCUUUAGACCAAGGUUUCUCAGUAUUUGUAAUAUUGACAUUUCGGGCUGGAUAACUCUGUUGCGGGGGUUGGAGGGCUGCCUCCUGUAUUUCAGGAUGUUUAGCAGCAUCCCUGGCCUCUACCCAGCAGGUGGCAUUUCUUCCUGCCCCCUCCCCAUUAUAACAACUGAAAAAUCUCCAGAUGCUGCCGAAUGUCGCUGGUCAGCAAAAGCACCCCUGGUUGAGAAGCAUGGCACACGCUAUAGUCUGGUCCAAGGGGUGGAGCAGCAUCUCAGAGCUUGAAUCAGAACCCGCUGAAGCUGAACUCCUCUGAAUUUAUAGACUUUAGAGUUAACCCAAUCACUUGCAUAAGCAUUUAAGGAUCAAGUUAGCUGUAGUCAAGACUGGUGGAUUCAGGACUACCCAUCAGAGUUAACAGCUUGGGAGUAGUGGGCUCGGAGAGAGGUGGAUGUUAGACUGGAGUCUUAGACAUCACUCCCGUGCAGUCCUCUCCACAGCUGGGGCUGUAACCUAAAAAGAGCACAUGCAUGUCCCAGGCUCUAGGGGGAUGAUACAGCCACAGAACCUGUGCAGUGGUGACAGGUGGAAGGCCUAUGCUUUUUUUUCCCUCUUCAGUUUUUUUCUAACGUUGCCCGGCUGCUGAAGUCAGGGAGCCUGAAUAAGCAGCAGGUAGGAAAAGUACUCGGGGUCCUCAACAGUACAAAUAAGGAUUCAAUGAAAUGUGCUUAGAGCAGUGCCUGCCACAUAGUAAAUGCUCCGUAAGUGUUAACUUAUUUUAUUAUACAAAAUGUUCAUUAAAUUCCAGCUUCCUGUACAAGGGCAUCGAUGCUUGGCAUUUAUAGGGUAAUCCAGGAGGGCUGGAGUAGCCUGCAUCACCUCAAGAAGGAGGUCCGGGUCACAUGGCAGCAGAGCUGGAGGGACGUCUUCAGGCCCAGUCAGGAGCCUGCUCUACACCCUGGGUGGUAGGGAAGGAAGGAGGCCGGCCAACCCAGAUUUCAGCGGCAGUGGGUACAGACCUGAUAUGCUGAGUGCGCUGGGCAGCAGGCAGGAGCCCACGCUCUGUGAAGAGGCUAGGUGAGAAGGAGCAGGAGCCAGGGAUGGGGCCAGGGUGCUCGAAGCAGGGCGAUGGGUCAGUGGCUGCUGCCGCCGUCUCCUGUCCUGGCUUCGGGGCUCUGAGUGGAAGGGACACAGGCAGAUGAAAGGGCGGAUAAGUGAGGCAUUGUCACCACAAUCCCACUGGCUCUCCCUCGUCAGAAGACGCCUGUGGCCCAGCCUGUCAUCACACCAGCAUCCCUCUUCUGAAGUAAAUCUGAGAUGGGCAGAAAGAUCUAAUAAUGUAUUCCAGCUCUCCAGUUUUCAUCCAGCCCUCAUCCUACUCUGGCCUCUGUAGCUGACCGAUCUACCACCCACCCACUAGUUUGUUCUUCUGGCAAAGAAGUUGCUGAGCUUUGCUCUCCUAGGUUCUCCUCUUACCUCUGUCUGCUCCCCUAAAUGUCCAUGUACCCCCACCAUUUUAUCCUUGGUCCUCUCCUGCUCUACAUACUCCCAAACUCCCAAGUCUCCCUCUCAGCUUCUUUUCCUGAGCUGGAGUUCUUUUUUUUUUCCUAUCUUUUUAGGGCCACACCUGCGGCAUACAGAAGUUCCCAGGCUAGGGGUCCAAUUGGAGCUGUAGCCACUGGCCUACGCCACAGCCACAGCAACUCGGGAUCUGAGCCGCACCUUUGACCCACACCACAGCUCUCGGCAAUGCUGGAUCCUUAACCCACUGCGCGAGGCCAGGGAUUGACCCCGCAUCCUCAUGGAUCUUAGUCAGGUUCAUUACUGCUGAGCCACAGCAGGACUCCUGAACCGCAUUCUAACUGCUGCUCGUUUCUACCUGACCAUCUCUAGUGACCUGAAUAAAACUUGUUUUCUUCCCCCUUCCCUUUGUCUCCACCAUCUGGGUGAAAAAUCUGCAGGAAACCUUGGUGAAUUUUUCAGCUCCUCCCUCACACUUAUUUAACCAAAUCUGGACAAUUCUUCCUUUGCCUUCCAUUGAAUUCUUCCUUUAUUCUUUGUUUUGGCUGUGCCCUUGGCAUGCAGAAAUUCCUGGGCUAGGGAUCAUCCCCACCCCACAGCAGUAACCAGAGCCACAGCAGUGCCAACACCAGAUCCUUAACCUACUGAGCCACCAGGGAUCGCCACAGGUCAUUAACCCUCCUCCAGGCUUUUGAAAGAAAUCCCCAUGGGUCUCCCUAGCUUGAGCCUCUGUCCUUCACACAGGUGCCAGAGAUUCGAAUUCUAGACUGUGGGCCUGAUCAAAAACAUUUUGGCUCAGGCAAGGGGGAGAUACUGAAAGUCUUUUAAAUUUUUCGGCUGCCCAGUGGCAUAUGGAGUUCCCAGGCCAGGGAUCAGAUCCGAACCACAGUGGUGACCUAUGCUGCAGCUGUGGCAAUGCUGGAUCCUUUAACCCACGGUGCUGGGCCGGGGAUUGAACCUACAUCCUGGUGCUGCAAAGACGCCACUGUCCUGACCCCACUGUGUCACAGUGGGAACAGUGAAGGUCUCCUAAAGGAUACAGUCUAAGCCUUUUGCCAUGACAUUCAAAGCCCCACCCGCUGGGUCCACAUCCUUGAGAGGAUGCUGACCUGGUCCUUCACACCCUUUACAGCAGCCGCUAUGGCUACUAGCUGUGUGGGUCCUCUGCAUGUCCAUUUCCUCUUCUGGUGGAACUCUGGACAUCUUACACCUCCCAUCUCAAAUGUCACCUGUGAAGCCUCCCUGACCACUAACAGUAGGACUGUUCUCCUUUCUUCCUUUGUCCUUUGUUCACUCGACGAGUCAUUGUUUAUGGUUUCUCUCUCCUUAAUUAAACGUUCAGACAUGCAAAGCCCAUGGUAAGUGCUCCACACGUGUUAGCUUUUACUCUGAUUGGAACUUGAGUCUCUCGAAGGUAGGGACUUAGUCUUCUCCUAUACUGUAUAUCCCAGUGCUGGUGAAGUACUGCCUGGAAAAGCAGAGCCCUUAAUAGACGUUUUGUUUACCCGGAGAGCAGACGCCCACUGUAGACCACAAGCUGGCUCAACAGUCCCCAUGUCUGAGGCAUAUGGUUUUACUCUGUGGGGCAGCUCUCUUGGUCCAUUCUUUGGCUAGAGCUUCACUGCUUCAGGUUCUGAAAGGUGGGGUCUUAGUGGGGUAAAUGGUGCCUAGAUGGGGUAGAGGCUCUCAGGCUUGGCAGGUCCUUCCUCAUCAUGGGGGGAGAGCAGGUGCCAAAUGCUCUCACACUGAAUGAGUUAUUAACCUAGCUGAAUUCGAUGGCAGUUCCAGCAUGCCAGUUGACGCCUACCAAAGGAACAUGUGUCACAUGUGAAAAGCCUCCAACCUAGGAAGUGGUGACAGUAACUUAGGACACAACUUAGGAAUUGGUGUCUAGCUACAUUAGCAGUGACAGGCUAUUUCUGGAAGGUCCCAAACCAAAUUUUAAAAAAUUGAUACCUGUAGGAAUAAGGACUAGAAGAGAGGGAAAGACCUCAGGAAGGAAGCCACUCUAACUUUGAGGAGCUGGCCAGAUGCUGGGUACCAGUUAGAGUCUAAGACCAUAGCCGAGAGUCAGAAACAACCAGACCUUAGGGAGCUAGUAAGAGUUGGCACAGUGAUGCCAACAAGACUCAUGGCCACAGAUAAAUAACUUGAAAACCUACCACAAUGACUAAGAUACCGUAGAGCCCAGAGACCUGAGUAAUUCUUUUGUUACAGGGAUGUCAAGAUGAUGACAAGUGACAGUGCACAACAGGCAGAAGUGAUGAGCUUUAUGAUAGAGAGGGAAAGAGCAGGAGAGAGAUGAUGGGAGAAAUCUAUACACAGCAGCAUAAUGCAAUCAGGGUAGGGAUGAAGCCUCUCCCUACGUACCCCAAGAAAGGAUGAGAGAGACAGCAAGCAAGAACGUGAGGGAAGCCCUCUGGGACAUUUGUAGGUUCUAGUAAGGAACUGAGUGACACCUAAGAAGUUACAAAGCAAAGCAGGCAAAAGAUGUAAACGAUGCCGAUGACAUGUAGGGAUCAUGCAAAGAUACUAAGGAUACACCUCAGGAAUCCUGCCCCUAAAGGGAGCUUCAGGCUGGGAAACAAGUUCUGCUUGAGGAGACAGGCCUGAGCUGGAAAGUGAAAGGCAUUUAUUUAAAAGUUAGCAUUUCGGAGUUCCCCUUGUGGCUCAGCAAAAACGAAUCUGACUAGUAUCCACGAGGAUGCAGGUUCGAUCCCUGGCCUCGCUGAGCAUCCAGUGUUGCCGUGAGCUAUGGUGUAGGCUGCAGACUCGGCUUGGAUCUGGCAUUGCUGUGGCUGUGGUGUAGGCCAGUAGCUACAGCUCUGAUUCAACCCUUGGCCUGGGAACCUCCAUAUGCCGUGGGUGCGGCCCUAAAAAGACCAAAAAAAAAAAAAAGGUUAGCAUUUCAUCUCAUCGCUUAAAAGGCUGUCUUGGAUCUGGCCGGGCCCGCCUAUAAAUUUGGCGGCAUGAGCACACAGCGCAGUUUCUCUUGUUUCCAUUUUGGGGCCCUAGUAUAAUCCAGGCCUACCCAGUCCCCAUGGAGACAAGAAUUAAAGGGAGGAGUGCCAGUUCUUCUUUUUUGGUUCUAAGCUAUAGAAACAGCAGCCUAAGCAAGACUCAGUGCAAGUGAUAACGUGACCAGCUCGGCAUCUAGAGGUUGUAGGAUGGUAUUGUAUGGUAAUCAGCCCCUAGACUCUAUCUGGGAGUGGCAGGACAGCCCUGGGGCAGAGGUCAGAGAUGCAGAGGCAGGCUGACCUCACCGUUUUGAGUCAGAAUGGAUAGUCUAAGGGCUCACAGUUUUGAGGAGCUGUUACUGAAUCCCUGUGUAGGUCCCGCAUCAUCCCCAGAAACGUCUUUAGAACUGUGCCUAGAGGGAGCACCCCAGAUCUCACUGGACCCCGAGGAUAACUGCACAUCUGAUUUCUGCCCUCUGAGGGGUGGACAGGUGAAACAAGCCUUCAUUCAGCUCCCAAAUUCUUGCCUUUUAUUUGUUCAGCAAAUACUUGCGGACCAUUUAAUACGUGCUGGGUGUGGCGCUAGGUGCUAAACAUGUGUUAGCAGACAUUUCCUUCCAUCAAGUUAGUUUUAAUGUAUUUAAUGUGAACUUUUGUUUGCAGGGAAAAGGUCAAAGUGGUGAUGGUGCUGGAGCCACUCUUCUUAUGUCCUUUGACUCACUUCCCAAAGGACCCUCCAUUCAACCCAAAGCCACCAGUCAGCUGAAACAAGGUGUCACAGGCAGAGAGGAAUUCUAGGCACCUCAGGUUUCAGCGCCAGAGCCGGGCGGGAUGAGAGUGGCCGUGGUGGGCUGAUGGCGGAAGGCUCCCUGCUUUAGGCCCAAGUCCCGUGUCUCCUACACUUUAGGCCUAAGCCCCGCUAGGUAGAGCGGAGCGCCGGGCAGUCUGUCUCAGCUAUUGAGUGAGAUGCUGCUUGAAUCCCACACCAGGACAAGGAUGAAACGAGGGAGGCACCCAGGGUGCACAGCGUAAGGAGGCCCUUGCCUGACCUGAGCUCCAGUGCCGCCUUAAAUUGUGUGUGCGGGCACCUCACGGGCCUCGCUCUGGUCUGUGCCCUAUUUUCACCGAUACACAGCCAACAGGAGGAGAAGCUCGUUUACUAUCCAUCCUUUCCCCAACAGGUCCUCCUCUGAGCUCUGUGCACCUGCUUCUGCACCGGGGACCACAGGCUUGAGCUAGUACAUUAACUAUCCCCCAGGGAGCUCCUUCCUCCUCCUCUGCAGCAGCUGCUGAUGGUGCCGUCUGUGCUUCGGAGCCCAGCGACAGGAACUUGACCAGGGACUGGGAAGGCGGUUCUCAGGGCCUAUCUUGCAGCAGGGGAAGAACAAGGUAAAGAAGAUCCUGGCACUACAGUCAGCGGGACCCUGGGAGGCAAGGCUUGCUCAGGCCCUUCCAGCCUCCUGCCCCAGCAACAUACCUGUUUACCCCCAGCCUCUGAGGACAGAUUCUGCCAGACUAGUUCCUUGAACCUCUGCCUGAAGCUUCUGGCUGGGCUACCAUAUCUUUUCUGCAAUCUUCUGGAUAGCCUAAUCUCAUGUUUUGUUUUACCCAAUAAAGGAUAGUCAUUCAU